AUGGACGCGGACUUUGCGUCGGACCAGGUGCAGCAGCAGCAGCCGCAGCAGCACGACACCGCGCUGACCAAGCAGAUGAACGUGCAGCACCUCUGCGACCACCGGUGCAGCGUGCAGCACAUGUUCGGCAAUGCAUUCCGUUGCCAGUCAAGCGGCCAGCUGCAUGUGUGCGACGCCAAUUGCACCCAGCGGGUCUACAACGACCGGUACUCCACGAUCUGCCGCAUCAGCCGGAAGGUCUUUGCCAACGCCUGGGCGGCUCCGGCGCCGUGCAGGAAGCGGUCGUGCUCAUUCUCCGAGGAGGCCCCCGCCGACGCGUGCCGCAAGCGCGGCCCGGGCGCGCCCGCCGCAUGCCCCGACGUCCCGGGCUUUUACGCGGCCGGCCCCGGCAGCCAGGGGGACGCCAUGGUGAUGUGA